AUGGAGCGAGGACAAGAGUCUGACCCGGGGACAAAGAGUCUGACCGGGGACAACCUGGCAUGGAGUAUUCAGCAGCCAGCGUCAGUAGGGAUAAGUUGCGAACGGGAACAAGUUGCGGCGUGGGGCGUCACGAAACUACGGGGCCCCUCAGUGCACUUGCCCGCGCACGCCCGCAACCGCGCAACCACGACACCAGUACAACCAACACCAACACCUGCACUCGUCCACGUCGUUGGGCGCUUUAUCUUUCCAAGUAUGCUUUUCUCGAAGCGUGUGGUAUCUGUGGCUGCCCUGCUGGGCUUCGGGGCAUGCGACGCCUUUUUUGCCGGAAGAUUAGGCGUGCCCUGGGCUUCGCUGGUUCCAGGUGCAACAACGGGAUGCCAGCAUCAGCGACAACAGGGAGGGCGCCCUCUGAGCAUGAGCGGCUUCGAGAUGCCCCACCAAACCGAGAAGCGAAAGAAGCAAGGCUUCGGCGGGGGCAGGGCAAAAAAACCUCCGCAGCAGGGGAAAACCUUAACCACGGGGGAGGCGGUGGCGAGACACAUGCUCUUGGAGUACAACGCCAUCAAGGCCGAGGGGGGCAAGGUUGCGAGGUUAUACGCCAGGCUGAAGGACGCCGACGAUUGGUAUCCCGUGGGAAACGUGUGCACCGAGGCGGGGUGGACAGCGCAGGGCGCCCAGGGACAAAAGCGCCUGAUUCUGGACCACGCGAGCGAGAUGUACUCGCAGCUGAGAUCGGGUGCGGGGAAGAAGUUGGUGUUGGAAGCCGGCUACGGGUCGGUGGAGGGGGAUGACGGCGAAAUCACCGUCUGCAAGGGGAUCAAGUACAACGGGGAGAGAGUAGGAGUCGCGCUGGACCCCCUCCCUGACGGCCCGUUCUUUAAGGGAGUGGCCAAGGGCGGGUUCGGCGCGGAUAAGUCCUCCGCAGCCACUCUCAUGGACAAGAAAAAGCAUACCUAG